AUGGCCGCUGUACUCGCAACUCCCGUCGUCCCGGCGUCGCCCAUGACCAUUACACCCAUUGCGACAGCAGCCGGGCUCGAGCUUCGCGACAAGCAGGUCGCGACCACAGUAGCACUCACGACGACUUUUACACCGCCCGCAGAAUGCACCGAGAACCACCUGACGAUGCUGGUUGGCGCCCUGGAGAAGAUCUGGAUCAAUGAGCCUGUGCCGCUCCCAAAUUCAACCAUUACAUCAUGCUAUCCCACGGAAUGGGUCAAUGGAUACUCUUCGGUCAUGUUCAAAUCCAGCUCCAUGGCACCCGUCAUGAGCCCGCUCGUGUGUCCCAGUGGCUGGAACACGGAGAGCAGUACUUGGUCCAACGGUUACAUUGCGUGUUGCGCGUCAGGCUUCACUUUCGCUGCACCCACCAAGACCGCCGAUCGCGACCGUCCUGCCUACGGCGGUACAUGCUACAGCAACUUCGACCUCAGCCAAACCGCCACCGUCACCGUGUACAACCCCGUCGAACUCUCGACGACAAUCGCAUGGGUGGCUACUACGACGCCUGCGCAGGCCUACGCGCACCCGAUCGAAGGUAUCGCGGCGGACUACACGCCAGUUCCGUCGGCGGCGAAGGAAAGCGACACCGCCGGCACGCCCAACUCGGACGAUAAUGCUGCUCCGAGGCUUGGAGGCAACUCGAAGGCGGCGAUCGUGAUUGGAGUCCUGCUCGCGAGCCUCAUGGCGUGGUAA